UUGUCACCAGAAGGGAGAAUCUGGAAAAUCAGUCCCAUCGAAGAUCGAUUCAACCCCACCUCCGAAACAAAUUCAGCAAAGUGUUUCCGAGCUCUGAUUCUUCGGCUUGUCUUUGUCACAUGGAAGAUCAAUCGAAGCGCACAGCUCUACUAGUCAUCGACAUGCAGAAAGAUUUUAUAGAAGAGGGAAGUGUGAUGUGGGUCAAAGGCGGGAAAGCCGUCGUCCCCAAUGUGAUAGAGGCUGUUGAAUUUGCUCGGCGUCGUGGCAUUCUUGUAGUUUGGGUGGUCCGAGAGCAUGAUCCGCAAGGAAGAGAUGUCGAACUCUUCCGUCAACAUUUCUACUCGUCUGGAAAAGUGGGUCCGAUGAGCAAGGGUAGUGUGGGCGCUGAAUUGGUCGAUGGCUUGGUGAUUAGAGAAGGAGAUUAUAAAUUGGUGAAGACGCGGUUCAGUGCAUUCUUUGCGACACAUCUUCAUUCGGUUCUUCAGGGUGCUGGAAUAAAUAGUUUAGUCAUAGCCGGUGUUCAAACUCCAAACUGCAUUAGGCAAACGGUCUUUGACGCAGUGGAACUUGAUUACCGAUCUGUUACUGUACUUGUUGAUGCCACUGCUGCUGCUACUCCUGAGGUCCAUCACGCGAAUAUCUUCGACAUGAAGAAUGUUGGAGUUUCUACGCCAACACUGCAGGAGUGGCUGCAGUCCGCUGCUUGAACUGGAUCAAUCUGAUGAAUUAAACAGGAUCAUCCAAAGGCAGAUCAGUUGGAUGGUCAUGUUGUAGCAUUUGUUAAGUCGGGACGAGAAAAUCAUAUUUGAAUGCUCAUGUUGUACCAUUGGCUGCUAUAUAUUGCAAUCUUAGCCACUUCCAUCUGAAUUUUGAUCAGUUUGAUUCA